AUGGUCGACAAAAACAUCGUACUUCUUCCAGGUGACCACGUCGGCACAGAAGUUGUCAAUGAGGCCGUUAAGGUUUUGAAGGCCAUCGAGAAGUCCACUCGUCACCAGGACAUCAAAUUCAACUUUUCCACCCAUUUGAUUGGUGGUGCUGCUAUUGACGCUACUGGUGUGCCUUUGUCUGAUGAGGCACUUGACGCUGCUAAGAAAUCUGAUGCCGUUUUGUUGGGUGCUGUCGGUGGUCCAAAGUGGGGUACCGGUGCUGUCAGACCAGAGCAAGGCCUCCUUAAGAUUAGAAAAGAAUUGGCCUUGUACGCCAACUUGAGACCUUGCAACUUCGCCUCCGACUCCCUCUUGGAACUUUCUCCUUUGAAGUCGAAUGUUGUCAAGGGCACCGACUUCACUGUUGUUCGUGAAUUGGUUGGUGGUAUUUAUUUCGGUGAAAGACAAGAGCAGGAGGAGUCUACUGAUGGUGCCAGUGCUUGGGACACUGAGAAAUACAGCGUCUCUGAGGUCGAGAGAAUCACCAGAAUGGCUGCCUUCAUGGCCUUGCAACACAACCCUCCUUUGCCUAUCUGGUCGUUGGACAAAGCCAACGUGCUUGCCACUUCUAGAUUGUGGAGAAAGACAGUCGACAAGGUCAUGAGCGAGGAGUUCCCUCAAUUGACAAUCAACCACCAGCUUAUUGACUCCGCUGCCAUGAUCUUGGUGCAAAACCCUACCAAGUUGAACGGUGUGGUCAUCACCUCUAACAUGUUCGGUGACAUCAUCUCUGACGAGGCCUCGGUUAUUCCAGGUUCUUUGGGUCUCUUGCCAUCUGCAUCCUUAGCAUCUUUACCUGACACCAACAAGGCUUUUGGUUUGUACGAGCCUUGUCACGGCUCUGCUCCAGACUUGCCUGAGAACAAGGUGAACCCAGUGGCCACCAUUUUGUCCGCCUCUAUGAUGUUGCGUUUGUCCUUGGACUGUGUCAAGGAGGCCGAGGCUUUGGAGCAGGCUGUUCGUAACGUCUUGGACUCUGGCGUGAGAACCGCAGACUUGAAGGGCUCCAGCUCCACUCAGGAAGUGGGCGAUGCUAUUGCCGCUGAGGUCGAGAAGAUUUUGCUGGCCUAG